AUGAACCCACAACCAGAGCCCUCGGCUAUCCCCAUCAGCCUCCUCUCCCGAGCUCCAUCACCCCCGGGCCUCACAGACACCUCCUGGACCCCAGGAACCCACGACCCAGAAGACAAAGCCCUCGCCCUAAUCCCCAUCCCUCCCCUGAAUCGAGACCUCUCCAACUACCAACAAUGGGAACACGCGCUCUGGUUCCACAUCGUCUACCAUCGCCUCGUCGGUUUCCUCCUGCCGACAAGAUACCCCCACCGAGAGUGUCCGGAAGCCGAAGAUAAAGAUAAUUGGACACGCAAGGUGCUGCAUACGUAUGCGAUUGUGUUUGCUAGUGUUGGAAGGGAGGUGUUGGAGGAUAUGGCGAUGGAUGGAGACCUAAGAUUUGAGGUGUUUGGGGAUAGGGAUUAUUGGGCGCCGGAGUUGAUGGAGGGGGUGCAGAGGUAUAAGGAGUUGGUUGAGGGGAGGAUGGCGAGGGACUCAAAUGAGGUGGAUGAGAUGGACGAGGCGGAUGAUGAGGAUAAUGAGAAUGAUGAGGAUGAGUUGCUUGUCCAGUUGAGGAUGUGGAUGUUGGUGGAUGGGGUGUUUGAUUGAGGGUUGGAGGAGAUAGGUUGGGGAUUUGGGUUUGGGAAGGAUAAGAGGGGGUGU